GAUUGGGCUAAACAUAAUUCCUUAUUACCUUUUGAGAAUCGUAAAAGUGCAUCACUUAUUUGCCAUCUUAGAAAAGAUCUACAAGGAAUUGUUCGUGCUCUUAAGACUGAAUUUCCAGAAUUAAGGAUCAAGGAAUAUCACGGUAAAUCCGAUCCAAUGGAAAAAGCUCAAGAUUUUAGCAACGUAGAAGAAUCAUGGAAAAAUAUUGACCUAGUUGCUUAUACAAGCACUUUAAAAAUAGGAGAUUAUAUAUUCCAUAUUGAGCAGAGAUCUUCUAAUGUUCCAGUCACAGAAAAAGGAUUAUUCCAAUGGUUGUUAAAUGCCAAACGUGAAUGUCUCCCUCGUGAACUUCAAAAUAGAGGGGUUUUUCCAGAUAUAGAUUCUAUUAUACGGAAUAAAGAUAUGCCAACUAUUCGAUUGUGGGCAGGUAUGGUAGUUUCUGUCAUAGAAUUCGUUCCUAAACCUGAAGAUACUAUGAUAAUGCUAUCUCAAACAGUGAAGACGAGUUCUUCUAUUGUUAAAGCAGAGGAGAUAUCGAAUAUAUCUAAUGCUUUUAUUGUCAACCAUGAGACUGCUGAAUUAUUAGAGAAUAAAUCAAAGAAGACUUUAGAAGAGAUGCGCUCUUUAGACCGGUAUCAUAUUAUGGAUUGCUAUGGGGUUCCACCUGAAUUACUAACCGAAGACUUCAUCUCAAAAUAUGGAAAUUACAAUCACAUGAAAUGGUUUAGAGCUUAUAAGCAAUUACGAGAUGCUG